CCACCUUUUUUCGCCAUUUUAUUCAGAUUUAGUGUAUUCUCAUCCCAAUCGGAAAUAGUGCUUGCAUGCUUGUAGAGUUCCACAACAGAUCUGAACGAUCGAUUCUCUAUUUUCGUGGGCAAUGGGUGGCUUCACCGCUGAAGAUCUGUCCCCCAUCGGCGGAAUCGCCAUCUCGCUCCUCCAUUCUUUCAUUCAUCACUGGCUCCCUUUCUCCAUUGGUCGCGCGCAGAAAUGGACUCUUUCCACAACUCUUAUCGUCACUGCUCUUGGAGCAAUUUUGCAUGUAAUAUCCACUUCACUGCUUGGUAUAACGGCAAUUACCAUGGCGAACACCAUUGCUGGUGAAGAAACAGUGCAUAAGGUUGCUUCACUUUUACUUGUAUUUCUGGGUGGUAGUUAUAUACUGUUGUUUCUGACGGGAAAGGGUGGCCAUAGUCAUUCACACAACCAACCAAUGGAGAAAAUGGCUGUAGCUGGACUUAUUCUUGUUCCCGCUUUGUCUCCUUGUGCUACAACUCUCCCAGUAUUUCUCGCAGUUGGAAAUUCAUCUUCCAUGAUGGUGCUUGCCAUCGUAGUACUAUUGUUCAGGUAUGAGUUAAUUGCCUCAAACAAUAGGAUUUUUUCCGUCCUGCUAUUUUAUGCUUUGUUUUCA